UUUUGAAUAGUUUACAAAAUAUAUACUUGAAGUUUGAUAACAAAUAGAAAGUAAAUUUAUAAUGCCAGUGUCAUCCGUGUACUACUGAAACUGAACCGUAUACGUCAUGUUACAUUCAUACUACAAAGCACAAGAUGUAUUUCAAUUGUGGUGCUAAUGCAUAAUUUAACUAUACAUUUUUUUUUUACUAUUUUAGCGUAUCAUAUUAUUUAAAUGACUACUCGAAGAAGACGAGGGAAUUCUGAUUCAGAUCAACCGUUCACAAAUAAUUAUACCUCUCAGGAGUCUUCUGUUGUUUAUUUAGGAGAAAAAGAAACUGACAAAAUUAUGCCCCGAGAUCGAACUGCUGAAUUUAAUAGUGCAGUCAGAUCCCUUCAAGGUCGACAAAUAGCAAGGGCUGUGCAAGUUCGAGAUGUAAAAAAAGUAAAAGCUCUUCAAAGCUAUGGAGAAUUUAUGAUGAUAGCCAAAAGUGUUGGCUACAACAUUAGUAAUACAUAUGCGAAAUUAGAAAAAUUGACGUUACUUGCCAAACGGAAAUCAUUAUUUAAUGAUAGACCUCAAGAAAUUCAAGAGUUGACAUAUAUUAUUAAAGAGGAUUUGAAUAGUUUAAAUCAACAAAUUGCAAGAUUACAAGAAGUUGCUAAACUACAAAAAGCUACCCAGAAUAAUGUUGGACGAAAACAUUUAUUGUCACAUGAGUCUAGUGUAGUAUUAUCACUACAGUCAAAAUUGGCAAAUAUAUCGAAUGAAUUUAAAUUAGUUCUUGAAAUUAGAACAAAGAAUUUAAAACAUGCCAAAUCAAGAAGAGAUCAAUUUUCUCAAGGAAAUAAUUUAGCUGCAUUAUCGGACUCGUCAUCUCUAGUUCCAAGGCAAAAUUCUCUUUUAAUGUCUAGUAAUCAAUGUGCUAUCAACAUGGAUAAUAAUGGCGAUCAAGAUCGUCUACAGCAAGUCACACAGCAGACACAAGCAUUGGCGGUGUAUGAUAAUACUGAUCAAUAUCUUUAUAGUAGAGCAGAAACUAUGCAAAAUAUUGAAUCAACUAUUGUAGAACUAGGAGGAAUAUUUCAACAACUUGCGCAUAUGGUUAAAGAACAAGAAGAAAUGGUUGAGAGAAUCGAUUCCAAUGUUCAAGAUGCUGAACUGAGUAUUGAAGCAGCUCAUACUCAAAUACUACGUUACUUUCAAUCAGUGACUUCCAAUCGAUGGUUAAUGAUAAAAAUAUUUGGUAUUUUAAUAUUUUUUUUUAUAUUUUUUGUUGUAUUUAUUUCUUAAACCUGCAUAUCUACUCUAUUUUUUCAUAUCUAGACAAAUUAUUGUUAUUAAUCCAUAUGGCAUAUACUGUUGUCCAAUUUUAAAAUUAUGAAAUAUCUGUAAA